ACUUCAUUUCAAGUUAAAAUAAUAUCUCUUCCUUUCUUAGUUCCAUAACAAUGAAGAAAGUUGUGUUAAAGUUGGAGAUAAAUAAAGACAAACUCAAGAAAAAAGCUAUGAAAACAGUCUUAGGCCUUUCAGGAGUUGAAUCAUUUUCAGUAGACAUAAAAGAGAAAGAAUUGACCUUAAUAGGAAAUAUCGAUCCUAUAAAAGUAGUGGCUAAGAUAAAAAAGGUUUGUCCUGCAGAAAUUAUUUCUGUUGGACCAGCUAAAGAGGGAAACAAAAAUGGAAUUAAUCCUUUGAUCUUUCAUGGUGCUGCUAGCGUUGAAGAGGAUAUUCAUCCUAAUAGGUGUGUUAUCAUGUAAAUUUUUUAUGUUAUGUUUUAUAAAAAAAAAUACUGAAAUUUUGUAGUCAUUUGUUUUUUUGUUUUGUUUUGUUUUGUAAUGUAGUAUGAUGAAGAAUGUUGAUUGUAAUAUGGAGCUUGAUUUCUAUAUUAUCUUU